CUUUCGAAGAGUGCACUUCACGCGUUUCACAGUUAUAAGAAUGUAAAAUUAAUUAAUAAAUUAUAAGGAAAAACAAUGUUGCGUAUUAUACAAAUUUCAAUUGUAUUUUUAUUCGUAAUCAUCGGCACAACAAGAGCACAAACAACAGAAGCGCCACUAUUUCCAAAAUGUCUAGGCGGUAUUUGUUUUUGUAGUCCCGGUACGCAUGAGGCGCUCUAUAAUGGUCGCAAAUAUUGCGCCCCAGACAAUACAGAUAAUUGUCCUGAGCACGCUGUACGAUUGUCAGCGCAAGUUUGUGAAUGCAAAAAGGGCUAUCGGUUUCGCAACGAGGAUCGAGAAGAAUGUGUGUCAGAGCAUAUAGGGGGAGAACCCGUCCCCCCACCAGUGGAUGACGGAGACGAUGAGCUCAUUGAAAAGGAAAUACCGACAACAAAGGUUGAGAUGCCAACAACAACACCAACAACAACACAGUCGACAACAACGACAACUACAGAGUCAGCAACAACAACGACAACAACACCCUUACCCACAAAUGUUACAACACCCGCUACUACAAUUACAACAACAAGCACAAAUGCAAAUACUACAAGUUUGGAGGAGUCAGAAACCAGAAGUAACACACUGUACAUAUAUAUUGGUAUUGGAGUAAUGGCAAUAGCUGCACUUUUGUUAAUCGUUAUUUUGUACAUUCUACGAAAACAGUAGUGGUAAUAAGUAUGUGUACUAUACAGUUACUAUGUGCAUUCAAGUCCCUAAAGUUCUUAUAUUAGUAAAACAUAUAAGUACAGAUUAUUUAUUAUAUAUACAUAUGUUUAUAUAAUUUGUA